AAUGCCUUUUUUUGUUCACGAUGGCUGUGUGAAGCCGCCUAGCGCGAAACGAUAAGCUCUUUGAAGUACCCUUUGACAGCUCAGAAAAGCUAAACGUCAAAAUUCUUGUAGACGACCGACAUCUUUUCCUCGGUGCGACUGAAGUGCAGAAAGCAGGUCCUCCGUUUCAGCAAACGAAAAUUUCCAGCCGAAGCAAACGAAAAUGCUGUCCAGAGCGGUGCUUUUGUCAGCUGCCAAGAAGCCAACAGCACUAGUCUUGGCUCGCGGAGCUGCCACUCAGGCUGAUCGUCCGAAGCGGGCGGAGCAUGGCGGAAAGGUUCGCCUCGGCUUCCUGCCCGAGGAAUGGUUUACCUUCUUCUACAACAAGACUGGUGUUACCGGUCCGUACGUAUUUGGUGCCGGUCUAAUGACCUAUCUGUGCUCGAAGGAGAUCUACGUCAUGGAACACGAAUACUACAAUGGUUUGUCGCUGGCCGUCAUGGUCGUGUUCGCCGUCAAGAAGUUCGGACCUUCGCUGGCCGCUUACCUGGACAAGGAAGUCGACAAAAUCGAAGACGAGUGGAAGGAAAGCCGGGAAAACAACAUCCAGCAGCUGACACAGGCCAUCGAGGACGAGAAGAAGGAACAGUGGCGUGCUGAAGGCCAGACGAUGCUGAUGCAGGCCAAGAAGGAGAACGUGGCGCUUCAGCUGGAAGCUGCCUAUCGCGAACGUGCCAUGAACGCGUACCGCGAGGUGAAGAAGCGCCUGGAUUAUCAGGUCGAGCGCCAAAACGUCGACCGUCGUAUCUCGCAGAAGCAUAUGGUCGAUUGGAUCGUGAGCAAUGUGGUGAAGUCGAUCACGCCCGACCAGGAGAAGGAAAACCUGAACAAGUGCAUUGCCGAUCUCGGUGCACUGGCUGCCAGAUCGAAGUAAGUCAUGUUUUUAGAACUUUUGUCAGCCUUCUUGGGGAAGGUGGAGAAUUCAGAUCAACAAAUUGUUAGAAUGUGCAAUGCGCACGAGCAGCGACGGGAUGCCGUUAAUUAGCAUCGUGUGUCGAUGUAGCUACCAACAACACGUCUAAGUAAUAAACGAUAUCGAUACCUGUCACUGUA